AUGGAUAGCUCGACAGAUAUACCUUGCAACUGUGUUGAAAUCCUGACUGCAAGUGCAGAAACUGUCAAUGCACAUCAGACUGCAAAUCAUCCUGUGCAAAGAACUGCGACUGUUCUGCUGGCAAUUGCAAAUGCUGUUGUCAUUGCGACUGUAGUAACUGUCAAUGUACAUCGUGCAGCAAAUCAACCAGUGGAAAAACUUGCGACUGUUCAGACGAUAAUUGCACAUGCUGUUCUCAAUGCAACUGCACGAGCUGUAAAUGCACAUCAUGUACUAAGUCGUCGAAUGAAAAUACUUGCGACUGUUCAGCUUGCGAUUGCAAAAACUGCUCUGAUUGCAACUGUACUAGCUGUAAAUGCACAUCAUGCAGCAAAUCGUCGAGUGGAAACACUUGCGACUGCUCAGCUUGCGAUUGCAAGAGCUGCUCUGAUUGCAACUGUACUAGCUGUAAAUGCACAUCAUGCAGCAAAUCGUCCAGUGGAAACACUUGCAACUGUUCAGUUUGCAAUUGCAAAAGCUGCUCUGAUUGUAACUGUACUAGCUGUAAAUGUACAUCAUGCAGUACAUCGUCGAGUAGAAAUACUUGCGACUGCUCAGCUUGCAAUUGCAAAAGUUGUUCUGAUUGUAACUGUACUAGCUGUAAAUGCACAUCAUGCAGCAAAUUGCCGAGCGGAAACAGUUGCGACUGUUCAGCGGGUAAUUGCAAAUGCUGUUCCGACUGUCAAUGCACCAGCUGUACAUGUACAUCAUGUAGCAAAUCACCAAGUGAAAAGAAUUGCAACUGUUCAGCUGGAAAUUGUAAGUGCUGUUGUGACUGUGACUGCACUAGCUGUCAAUGUACGUCAUGCAGCAAAUCUUCAAGUGGAAAAACUUGCGACUGUUCAGCUUGCAAUUGCAAAUGCUGUUCGGACUGCGAUUGUGCUAGCUGUAAAUGUACAUCAUGCAGCAAAUCACCAAGUAAAAAAACUUGCGACUGUUCAGCUGCCAAUUGCAAAUGCUGUUCUGAUUGUGACUGCACUAGCUGUGAAUGAGAUGCAACCAGCUAUAAUUAUGAGAAAUAAGAGUGUGUCAACCAUAGCCGUUCAAAAGGAUGCAGGAAGUUAA